CAGGAGGACGCUCGGCUGAGCAUGCUGGUGAUGACCCACGGCGCACGCAACUGGUCGUUCAUCGCCGAGGGGAUCCCCAGCCGCAGCAGCAAAUCCUGUCGCCUGCGAUGGUGCAACCAGCUGGACCCCGCGCUCCGUCGCGACAACUUCAGCGACGCGGAGGAUCGCACCAUCAUGGCCGCCUACAAGAAGCUCGGCAACCGCUGGGCAUCCAUCGCGAAGCUCCUUCCCGGCCGCACCGACAACGCGGUCAAGAACCACCUCCACGCCAAGCUCCGAGCCAAG